AUGCGUACGACAAGAGCAGCCUAUGUCGUAACCGUCGCCACAGUCAUCAUUAACACACUAUGCAUGUUCGCAGCCAGUUAUCUCUUACAUGACAACAGCAACUUCUACGAGAAAACAAUCGAGGAGUUGAACGAAUUCAUAGUAGGAUUUUUUCCUGGUUUUUUUAAAUCGCUGCUUGAUCUUCAACAUACGAGAAUGCCUCCGUGCGACUGUGGCGCACAGCCGAAUUACUGCCCUGCGAGACCCCCUGGAUGCGUGAUGUGUCUCCCUGCUCCUCAAGGGCUGCCUGGCUUGAACGGACCGAGCGACCUGCCAGGCAAUACAGGAGAAUCUGGAAAGCCAGGAAAAGCUGGAAAUAGAGGUUUACCUGGCUCGAUCAAAUCGGUGGGCGAUUCUGGACAGCCUGGUUUGCAAGGGAUACAAGGACCCCUGGUAAGCCUGGAGAGCCACCAGGAGUGGACGGCGCUAUUUAUUGGGCCUGGUGGAAUACCAGGACCGAUGGGACCACCAGGACUGCCUGGAAUUCCAGGAUACGAUGGGCCAUACGGUGCCCCUGGAGAAAUAGGAAAAGGCGCCCCCAGAUUUAAAGCCGCAUACUGCCCGUGUCCUGCACGAAGUCGCAGAUUUGCUAGCCAAAUACAAAAGUACCAAAAUGUCAGUAACAUUGUCAUAAGCGCUCUAAAUAAUUUAAUCGAAAUGUCACAUCACCAGGUUUACAAAAAACAAAGAACAAGAAAACUCUGUAGAUUUUUCAUUGUAAUUCGUUCCAACAAGCUUUGGCAAUUAUUUACAUUACUGUGGUUUAAAGAAACAUUUUUCAAAUACUGUUAA